AUGGGCGGGUCUAAAAACAAACGCCAGAAGAGGGUCGACUACAAAAGCUCCCGCGAAGGCGGUACCACGAACGAGCUUCCGAAGAAAAAAUUCUACAGACAGAGGGCCCAUGCUAAUGUUUUCUCGGACCACAAUCUGACAUACCCAAUAAACCCCGAACACAUGAACUGGGCCCCCUACUUUCCCGCCUUCGUCGAGCCCUUGAAUACUGAAGGUGCGCCGGUAGCUGUGCGGGACGUAAAUGGAGGGGAUGAUGCCCAUGUGCCAGAGUCCAGAGCCAGUGGUCAAGAUGAAAAUGGAAACAAUCGAUAUGCCAUGAACGAGGAUACUAUUCAAAGGUUGACGAAAGAUGUAGAGGUGGCAGAUAUAGGGUGUGGAUUCGGGGGAUUGCUUGUUGCGCUUGCUCCAAAGCUUCCGAACACGUUGUUGCUAGGAAUGGAGAUUCGAUCGCAAGUCGCCGAGUAUGUCCAAGAGCGAGUACAUGCCCUCCGAGUUCAGAAGGCUACUGAAGGACUAUUUCAAAACGCCGCUUGCCUACGAGCAAAUAGCAUGAAAUUCCUACCAAACUUCUUCAAGAAGCACCAGUUAUCAAAGAUCUUCUUGUGCUUUCCAGAUCCGCAUUUCAAAGCUCGAAAACAUAAAGCUCGGAUCGUCUCCACGGCAUUGAACUCCGAGUAUGCCUAUGUUCUCCGGCCAGGCGGAAUUGUAUACACCAUCACGGAUGUGGAGGAUUUACAUUUGUGGAUGGUGGAACAUUUUGAUAAGCACCCAUCCUUUGAAAGAGUGCUAGAGGAGGAGCAGGAGGCAGAUGAGUGUGUAGAGGUUAUGAAGUCUGAGACAGAAGAGGGGAUGAAGGUCACACGGAAUAAUGGACAGAAAUUUGUGGCAUUGUUCCGGCGGCUAGAGGAUCCUCCAUGUCGAGAUUACGCGAGAUUUGGCAUUGGCCCUCCAUCAGUAGCUACGGUCGACACCUCCAGUCGACCACAAACCAAUCAUGCCGUCCGACCACGCUCCCUACAAUCACAUACUAUGGCCCUCAGUCGAUGGGAUGUGAUCGCCAUAGGUGUUGGUAGCUUUAUCGCGUGGGGUUAUGCCGUUCACUGGGUGCCAGUGUUGCGCUGGGUCGGGUAUACCUUUGUGGUAGGCUUCAUUCUACCAGUCGUGGGGCUGAUCGCAUUGCUGGUAACUACCUCCAGAGGAAGAGAAUAUGGCGACAGGAAUAUCAAAUGCCGUCCCAAAGGCCCAAAGUUCCUGGCUGCGACCGCGUGGGACAACGAAAUCGCUGCACUCCGAAACCGUCAAGCGUACCACUGGAAACCGCUCUAUCCCGAGUCCUUCCUCGUCUCCAACGCCCUCGACGAGCUCUUAGAAUUUAUUCUGAAGGAUUUUGUCAACUCAUGGUACUCCAAUAUUAGCAAGAACCCGGUGUUCAUCAAUGAGGUGGACAAGACCAUUAGACUCGCGCUGGCUAGUCUGCUCGACAUCGUGCUCGAGCUAGACAUUACGGAGAUUGUUAUUACAAGAUUCGUCCCGAUCCUGACGGCACAUUUCAAGGAUUUCUAUGAGGCAGAGAGGGCUAUACGAGGGAAACAUCUAAAUCGCCAUGUUACGGAAUCCGACGAGUUGGACUUGGCGAUAGCUGCGAAAUAUAGGGAAGGAAAGCUACAUCCAGCGGCAUCUUUGGCAUACUCAGAUAUAAAAGCGGUUAAGCAGAACUACCUGCGAGACCUAACGAAGGACUUGUUACCUAAGUUGUUACCCCAACGAGUUAUUGCUAGUCGAGCUGUAUCGGUUCUUGUUCAGGAGCUGGUGGCUUGUGCUGUGCUUUCGCCCGUUAUGCAGCUGCUGUCAGACCCGGAUACAUGGAAUCAGGUUAUGGAGGGCUAUGGACGAACAAUGCUUCAAGAUCGCUCGACAGUUCGGAAAUUGCGCGCCGCCCUCGACGAGCACGCCUCACCGGUUCCACGACAGAGGCAUACAACAUCAUUUCCCCGGAUAUCACCCGGAGACCAUGAACGCCGAUUUGAGAAGUUUAUACGUGCUAUUCGGAAAACCAAUAAUCUCUCAGAUGCCCGUAGAUUUCGAAGUGAGAUCUCGAGCCAGCUGAAAAGAGAUAGUCUGAAAGAAGGACAAGAUCCCGUGUACCUGCGACGGCUAGAAAUAGGGAAGAAGAUAUUGGACCAGCGUGUUAAUCAACUUGCGGCGGGCGGGGAAAGAGUUCCACCAGUCCCACGGGUUUCUUCGGAUCUUAAUGGAAUGCAAGUCUCACAAAUGGAGAAUGCCUCUCUAGUAGAUCUACUGCAUGAUCCCUCAGGGCUCUCUUAUUUCAUGGAAUACAUGGAUAGACAGCAUCUUAUGCCUCUAGUCCAAUUUUGGAUUGUUGUUGAUGGAUUCCGAAAUCCGUUGGAGGAUGAAUUUGCGGAGGACGACGAGAUUCCAGCAACCCUCGCUCCAUGGACAGAUGCUGAUAGAGCCGAUCUUGCCCAGAUCAACGAAGCUUACCUAUCGAAACCUGAGCUCAACGUUUCUGAGACAUCGAAGCAACUUGUACGCAAUUUCCUAAAGGCGGGCAACGAUGCAAAACCACUUGAAUACUUCCUCGCGCGAAGAGCCAUUCUACGAGCUCAGACAGCUGCUCUUGAAUUUAUGCAGGAAAAGAACUUCCAAAAUUUCAAGAAGUCGGACUUAUUCUACAAAUGCUUAACAUCUCAAGAAGCGUCGAAAAGCAUAGCGCCGCCACCUCAGUCACCGGGCCUGUCGAUGAUAGACGGGACAUCAGGCAACCCACAUCCGGUGCCAACUCGAGCAACUGUAUCUCAGGCAGUGCUAACCAAGUCGAACCCCCUUUCACGGGUAUCAGCAAAAUUAGUGCCUAGAAGGGGCGAGUUGCGCCGAGCCCCAGCGUCUUCGAAUGAUUUGGUCUCUGCAAAAUCCAGUGCGUCAGAUUCCUUGGCUGAAUCCCGACGUUCUUUAGACGACGAAACCCAUUCGCCUCUAUUUGACGAUGAAGAUUUUGAUAGCGAGGCCAUGAAUAACUCGGUAUACAGCCUUGAUCAGGAGCCGCAACCAAUCAUUCCGGACAAUAAUGUAGUUGAAGCCAUGGAAGCGGCCUUGAACAACAUUAUGGAAGAUAAGCCAAACGCCGAAGACCUUCGGAAGUCGCUUUUCGGUGAAGAUGACAACCUGGAAUCGUCCAACCAUAGUAUUUCAUCGCCCAAUGGUAAUGAUUCGCCGCGGAGUUCUAUGGAUCAGAGGCGAGGAGAUUUCUUUGGUGAAAAGACCGAAAAGCCAAGUAUCGCUUCGCUUGGCCUUGUCAAUACAUCAUCCAGAAUCGGAGUUUUCACAGACGACGAUUUAUUUGGUGACGAGCAGAAAUUUCUAGCUGACGAACAUGACGACCCCGAGGAAAGCAAGACCCAGGAUGAUGAAGAUGAGGUCCAUGAAGCUGCGCCAGGCGAUCUCGGACUCGCGGAAGCCAUUGCGGCUCUUAGUACAGAUAUCGAUAGGCUGGUCGCCCAGGAUGCGGUCGUGGACUCCUUAACGAGGAAAGCAGAACUCACCAACAAUAACGCUGAGUUACGCAUAUUGCGCAAGUCAAAGGCAAGCUUACUGAGGGAAAUCAGGCGCAAGGAACUUCAGCGCCAGCAAUAUGUGGUCCAAGAGGGCGAUAAUAGUCUUUACGGUCGUUCAACUAUCAAGAUCAAAUCUAUGAUGGUAGGAAAAGAGGAUGACGGCCGAGAAUAUGCUGUAUAUGUUAUUGAAGUCCAUCGAAAAGCGGGAGAGCAGAUGCCAGCAGCAACCUGGGCCAUCACUCGCCGUUACAGCCAGUUCCAUGAACUUCACCAGCGCCUACGAAUGAAAUAUCCUUCAGUCCGGAAUCUCGAUUUCCCAAGACGACGAAUGGUCAUGAAGCUACAGAGCGAUUUCCUCCAUAAACGACGAUUGGCUUUGGAAAAGUACCUCAGCGAAAUUCUUCUACUGCCUGACGUCUGCCGUAGUCGAGAAUUGCGCGCUUUCUUGUCACAGAGCGCUAUUGCGCCCGGCGCUGAAACUCACUACGAUUCUGAAGACAAGAAGGAUAUCAUGACUCGGUUUUAUAACUCGGUCACAGAUGGCAUGGAAGAUUUACUCGGCAAUAUACCUGUUCUCGAUCAACUUUCUGUCGCGGGCCAGAACUUGUUAUCCGCUGCAACAAACCAGCUCAUAACGAUGCCGACUACCAUAAGUGAAGAUCCCCUCACUGCUGCAGAAGCUGAGGCAGAACUCAACGCCUUUGAGAACCGCGAACUUGAGCCAUUUGUCAAGCCCAUCUGUGAUAUCUUCCUAGAAGUUUUUGAGCUCAACCGCGGCAAUAAUUGGUUGCGAGGUAGGGCUGUGGUGGUUGUCCUGCACCAACUUCUUGGAGGUACCAUCGAAAGGAAAGUCCGGGAUAGUGUCAACGGUCUCGUUUCCGAGGAGUCCACAAUCAAGUAUGUGAAUUUGCUCAAGGAUUCUAUGUGGCCUGGCGGCAAGCUCAAACGAGAUGGCAAACCUCGAUCUACUGCGGAAAAAACCAAAAGCCGAACGGAAGCGAGCUUAAUGCUUGCGACUCUUGUACCAGACUUAGCUGCAAGUGUGGUGGGACGUGUAAAUGCCCAGGCUGCAAGCCGAAGGAUAUUUGCUACCUUCAACAACCCUCGACUUAACACGCACCUCGCGUUUACGUUGUUAGAUGAAGUAAUCGAUGUAUUAUUUGGAGCUAUUCGUACUUGA